GGCGCCUAGAACCUAUGUACCUCACAUCUCAAUAUUGACAGCCUUAACCAUGAAAAUCAUUCCAAUCGAAGGCCUCAACGCCAUUGCCUGGUGUAUGACCUCGCUUGGCAUGAUUCUCACAAUAGGACGAUUUUGGAUCCACUGGCGCAAGACCCGCCGCAUUGGUUGGGACGACUAUUUCAAUGGAGUGGCCUUGAUAUUUCUACUCGCGUACAUCACGACUUACCAAAUCUACGUACCGAUAGAUUAUCAGGCACAACUUUACGCACUCGGCCUGAGCAACGAACCGCCCGGACCUCGCGAUGUUAUGCUAACUAUGAAAUUGAACAUGGCCAACAUUGCGCUCUUCUUUUGUGUCAUUUACUCCGUAAAGGCCAGUUUUCUUGCCAUGUACUGGAGGAUUUUCGAGAUAUCGAAAAGGUUCCGUGUUGCAUGGUCAUUAUUGACUGCCUACACCGCCCUGUGCUUUCUUGUUUCUUUUACGUCGAUAUUCUGGAAGUGUGGUACGCCAACAAACUUCCUUGAGCCAGAGGCCUGUGCGGAAAGACCAAGGUCGAUCAUUGUGCAUCUUCAGACGAUGUGGUGCAGCCUGAAUGUCGUUGGCGACAUCAUGCUUAUGAUAAUACCGGUCGCAAUGUUGAAGCCGAUGCUUAUGCCCCUAUCACAAAAGAUUGGUGUAGCAUUCGUCUUUAGCCUCGUUUUCAUUAUCAUCGCGUUCGAUAUACUGCGCACAGUCUACACUUUGCGCAUGUCGCCUAAGUUUCAGGAUGAGAAUGCAGUUUGGGCUUUGAUGGAACCUACGAUAGCCGUCAUAGUAUGUGCAUUACCAUGCUUUGGCAGCAGCUUGGCCUGGAUCACACCUGCAGUGUUCAAUGCCUUGAUUAGCUCAGUGUCGAAUCGCUUCUCUAGUUCCUCGAAACGAAGUUCGAAUUCUUCGGGCAGUGUUUACUCAAAGGACUCAGAUGGGACUGGGAAAGAUUCAUGGCUUAUAAAUGAACGUACAGGGAGCGUUUAG